UUCUGUUUUCACACAAAGAAUCUUCAGCAGCCCUGACCUUAUGAACCUCUUGAACAAACUUCACUUAUAAGGGUUGAAUUAUUCCGUGAUAUAUCUAUCUUUUAUGUUAUAUAAGUAUAAGUAAACUGUUCCACCAUCUACUUCCUAAACGUGCCCGGACAUGUCUUAACGAAAUUUGACUUUUAAAUAGAGCUCAUCAUCAUCAUCUCAGCAGAAGUUUCCUGUAUGCAGCAGCUCAUAUCACAUGCUCUGCGAUGAAGACAGCUGAUGCUUGGACACCAUGACAGUGCUGGUGGAGACCGAAACUGCUGCUUUUGCUGGAAUGAGUGAAAACCUGUGGUUAGAGAAAGCCUGCUCUAUCCUUAUUCCUGCUUUACCAUUAUGGAUCAUUGAGUAUGCAUGGAGUAAACGGAUGAUGGAGGUCUUAGAAGUUCUAGGUCCUCCAUUAUGGUUAAAAGGUGAUUGGCAUCUUCUGACCCUUGAAGAGCCGUGCAGAAUCCGUGUGGUGGCGGCAGAGGUCUGGAGGAUCGUUCAAGCCCGAGACAUCAAGCACUUUGAGAGAGUCACUGAGUUUUUGGAUGUUACAUACACACUUGUGCCACGACUAGUGACUCCCAUCAAACACAUGAAGAUCAUGUUUGGUCUGCAGUCUCUGGUUGUCAUGUGGAUGUUGUGGAAUGACCAGAGAACUGCUAAAAUCUCUGACAAGAUCGAAAACUUUUUCCCUAACAGCCUGCCUGAGUAUCACAAAUGUAGCCGCAGGAACAUGGAUCUGAUGCAGAAAAACCAGAAGGAUUUCAAGACCUUUGCUCAUUGUCUGGCAAGAGACAGGGACAUGCGCGAGACUUACAUUCGGGAUUUAAUGGAGGAGCAAUACGGUGAACGGUAUGCACAGAAACUGGAGGAGAGACUCUCACACUACUUGAGAGAGCUGGAUAAAGUUCUACCACAGCCUACGUAUAUUGAACAGGUAUUGAAGCAGUCCCAUCCAUUUGGGAGGGGAGAGAAGAUCCUGAAAAAUUUACUUUCAAGGGAUAGUGUGUCUCUAGCCACAGUUCUAAAGAGGCUCCUAUAUGGCGCUGUAACAACAAAUCUGAGCCUUGACGACAGUAUCACACCAUCACUUUCAAACACUUGUGAGGAACCAAGGGACGAUAAAGUUGUUAAACCAUCCCAUGAUACCCUCCAUGUAAUUUUGAAGCCAUCUCAGAACAGCUCAAAGGAGGAUCAGUUCUCACAAACCAGCACAAAAGAGCUCUUUAGUUCCCAGGGCUUGUGGCAGAAUAGAAACACAGGAGCCAUUUUACCUCAAGAGGAAAUUUGCGACGAUGGAGCGAUUGUUACGUCCACGCAGUUGUCAGGUUCUGAAAUAGAUCAGAUUGACUUAAGCCAAUCUCUUCUAGUGGCGAAGGACCUGGUUGGGCGGCACAGAAAGGCAAAGACUCAGUCUGAACCAGAACAGAAGGAAGGUGAUACUGGUUUUACAGAGCAGAUGUGCUCCAGACAUGGCAAAAAAAUGAGAAGCAUCCUUCAGGAAUGUUCUGAAGAGCUUGAUGGAGAAGCUGUCCAGGCAGAAUGCACUCCCACAUCAACCCAAAGCACUCCACCUCUUUUCCCACUCACUCCAGAACCUCAAGCAUCUCCAAACCAGCCCUCAUGCUCAAACCCUGAUUCAUCCUCUACAAACAUUUCAAUGUCCUACAUCCAGCAGGUCAGUCUUUCACCAGUGUCCUCAAAGAAACCAGUUGCUCCUUCACCUUCAGUCCACCAACAGUCAUCUUCAUCACCUCAAUCCACAGCCUCAAAACAACUUGGCACCCCAAGAAUCAAUGCAGGACAGAUUUUAGCUACUGUUGUCUUCACCGAACAAAGCAGAACCAGUGAACACAAUCUGAAACUGUCCUUAGAGAGUCAAAACUUCCUCUUGCAGUCCAAGUGGCUUCAACCUCAAGUGUGCCUUAAUAGACUGAGCAAGGAAGAGUGCGCCAGAGCCACAAAUUCAUACGUUUUAGAAGGAGAGCAAGUGGCUGAACAUGAUCAAUACGUGUUAUUUGAUGUAAAUACACUGUAUUCUGAUUCAUACUCUGAUGAUUCAGACUCAACGGACUCUGAUGACCCUGAUUACAAGCCUAAAGGAGACUAAAACAGAGGACACCAAAAAAAGUCCUAGUGAAUGUGGUCUUUAUCAUGUUUUGCAGAUGCAUAGGUCCUCAAACAUCUGUUUUAGCAGGUACUCAAAAAUCUAUUUUAGCAGUUUACGUUGAAUGUUUGAAAAAACAUGCACUAGGUUUGGGAAAAAUGCAGCUUUUCCACCUUAUUUUUUACCUCAUAAGUUGUACCACAUGGAGUUCUUGCUGUCUACACACCUUAGUUCAUCCUCUAAGAAUAUUUUGAUGUCCUACAUCCAGCAGGUCAGUCUUUCAUCAGUGUCCUCAAAAAAACCAGUUGCUCCUUCACCUUCAGUCCACCAACAGUCAUCUUCAUCACCUCAGUCCACAGCCUCAAAGCAACUUGGCACCCCAAGAAUCAAUGCAGGACAGAUUUUAGCUACUGUUGUCCUCACCGAACCAAGCAGAACCAAUGAAGCACAAUCUGAAACUGUCCUUAGAGAGGCAAAGCUUCUUCAUGCAGUCCAAGUGGCUUCAACCUCAAGUGUGCCUUAAUAGUCUGACCAAGAAAGAGUGUGCCAGAGCCACAAAUUCAUACAGAACCCAUGACAUUUUAGAAGGAGAGCAAGCUCUGAACUUGAUCAAUACAUGUUAUUUGAUGGAAAUACACUGUAUUCUGAUUCAUACUCUGAUGAUUCAGACUCAACGGACUCUGAUGACCCUGAUUAUAAGCCUAAAGGAGACUAAAACAGAGGACACCAAAAAAAGUCCUAGUGAAUGUGGUCUUCAUCAUGUUUUGCAGAUGCAUAGGUCCUCAAACUUCUGUUUUAGCAGGUACUCAAAAAUUUUAAGUUUUUAGCAGUUUACGUCGAAUGUUUAAAAAAACUUGCACUAGGUUUGGGGAAAUAUGCAGCCUUUUCCCCUUAUUUUUACCUCUAUUAAACAUUAUUGAACCUCUAUUGAACAUUUAAAUGUCCUACAUCCUGCGGGUAAGUCUUUCACCAGUGUCCUCAAAGAAACCAGUUGCUCCUUCACCUUCAGUCCUCUUCAUCACCUCAAUCCAAAGCCUUAAAGCACCCCAUGAAUAAUAUUUUAGCUAAUGUUGUCUUCAUCGAACCAAGCAGAACCAGUGAUCACAAUCUGAAAAUGUCUUAAAGAGUCAAAGCUUCCUCAUGCCGUCCAAUUCACUUUAACCUCAAGUGUCCUUUAAUAGACUGAGCAAAAAAGAGUGCCAGAGCCACAAAUUCAUACAGAACCCUUGACAUUUUAGAAGGGGAACAAGAGACUGAACAUCAACAUUUCUUGUUUGAUGUACAUACUGUAUUCUGAUUCAUACUCAGAAGAAGCAGACGCUGAUAACCUUGAUUUCAAGCCUAACAAAAACAGGACAUCAGAAAGAACGUGCCAGUGAACAUGGUCAUGUUUGUCAGAUGCAUAGGUACUCAAAACAUCCCUUUUAGCAGUUUACAUCAGAUGUUUACCUCAUGAAGGUCAAAGUGCUAUUGAUGGUCAAUGCCAAAAUAUUUAUAUCCUGUUGACUCCUGUAUGUUUUUUGCCAUCAGUCAUUGAAGGUCCUAUGAAGUGAGCAUAACUAAAACUACAAGGUUUCCAAUGUGGAACUGUGGAACUUGUGUGCUGUUGGUUUAGUGACGCUUUUAUGGUGGGUCAGGGUUAUCGCUGGGUCUCUGGAUGGUGUGCUUUAGUGGAUACAUGUUGACAUGGGGUUUUUUUGUUUUUUUUGUUUUUUGAUUGACUUGGAAGGGUUGUGCAAGGACAAACAUUUUGCAUUAUGAAGGGAUUUUUUGACUAAGUUAAGCGCACCCUUAAUUUGCUUACAAUGUCAUGGUUAUGUUGACCCUACUUUCAGUUUAGAUAGCACAUCAGUGCAGAUAAGUGUUUCAAGGUAAUCUUAGCCUCACUAAAUCAGUGUUACUUGUGUACGUGUUGGUUUCUUAAAUAGGUUGUCAUGCCAAAAAAAAAACAUGAAAGAGAGUUUAAAGUUCAAGGUUAUUGCAAUGUAAAACUGUCCAUUCUGACGUUUAUUUACCUGCCUUGAGUGUAAACUUCACUUAAUGUUCUUGCAAUCUAUUUUGUCGUUGCAUCAGAUAGCACACUCAUACGUGCUGUCUAAUUAAUUUGCGGUAGAUUAAAAAAAGCAACUAAUAUCUGUAGGUGUUUUGGAUAAUGAUUGUUUAAGCUUGAAAGGGUUAAGUAAAUCAUCCAAGUGACAGCUUUUUCUUAUUUAUUUUUUAACUAUAUGACAUUGUAUUAAAGGGAUAGUUCACCCAAAAUGACAUUGUUUGUCAUUAUUUACCCAUAUGUUGUUCCAAACCCUUUUGACUUUGUUUUCUUUAUGUAAAACACGAACAGAAAAUGUUCAUGUCCCCAUUUUCCAUGCAGUUAUACUGAAUUGGGAUUGGAGCUUUCCAAAUGAAAAGUUUUUUGAAUGACUGUGGUUGAUUGAUCGAGCUUGCAAAGCCAGUUCAUUGAAAAGAUUCCAAACAAGCUGUUUUUUCUUUUAACUAGAUGCCACAUUAAUAGAAACAAGACCUAAACAACACUGAUGUGCUAAAUGUUGAUGUUGAGCAUUUGCAUGAUGGUGGGGGAUAUUAAAAAACUUCUCAAAGA